AUGAUACACAUAUUAAUACUAAGCCUUAUUUUUGCUUCUUAUUUCGGGAUAGAAUACCUUGUAGACUACGUGAUAUUUCCACACUACACCAGGAGCUUUCAUACAGAACAAGUUAAACUUCUGGAGGUACAUACCUUCGUACACGAGUUUGUUCCAAACGAUACACAAGUAGUAAGUUACUUGAAUCCAUUACACGAUGUCAUUAACCAAACGUUCAGCACCAUUGAAGCGGUUUUCAGCCCAGAUCAAGUUAUAGCCAACACCAGUGUAAAUUCCACCACGGCACUAGCGAUCUUUAUCCCAAAAGAUGAUGCUGUCAAUGUUCGGCGCCUCCUUUUUUAUGUUCUUUCUUUUCUGCUCUUUGUUGAUCUGCUCUGUAUAGCUUACCGUCUUUGUUGCCAACGACAAGAACAGCAGCAACCUGUUUAUCAAGAAGAGGAAAUAAUAGUGAACGGACGGUUCCGCCGAAUAAGAAGAGAGAGCAACCAGAUACCACGAGAAGAGAAAGAAGAGCAAAUGGAAGGGAUCAUUUUGCGCCGAGACAUGGCUAAUGGGAGGCCUUAUUGGGUUAGAAGGAUGGAAAACCAGAUACCACGAGAAGAGAAAGAAGAACAAGGGGAAGGGCUGAUUAUGCUCAGAGUUGAAAUUGAUGGAAGACCUCGCUGGAUAAGAACAAACAGCUUCCAAUCCCGCCACAGAGAGGCAAGGUUGGCAGAGGCACGUGCACGUAGAGCAGAGAAUGGGUUAGCGGAGGAAAGGCCGGCGAUUCGAAGGAUGGCACAGCCACGUGCACGGAGAGUUGAGGGACACGUGGCAGACGAAAGACCGGCUAUUGAAAGGGUGGCACGGCCACGUGCACAAAGAGUAGAGGGAGGGGUGGCAGAGGAAAGGGAGGCUUUGCACUGACGAACGACCGCGCUGGCUGCGGAAUAAAAAGAGGGGCAACAAGAAAACAAUAACAAAAGCUAGAGGACGAGGAACGCUGAGCGAAAAGUAUGUUGCAUCAGGAGAUAAAGACAAAGAAGAAGACAUCGUCUUGUGGAUCAAGUAGAAGAAGGAGAAGAAGAUUAAGAAGGGAAAAGUAGAAGCCAGAGCAAGUGGAGAAAGAACUGCAAGUUGUAGAAGAUUUUCAUUGUUUUCACAACAAAUUGGGUCUUGUCAUAAUUAAAACAUUAUAGAACAUGUUGAAUCUUAGUUACAAGUCAUUACAGCGAGGAGUAAUGACAUUCAUAUCUUUUGAUUAUCGCAACAGUAUAU